UGCAGCUCAGCGCCGACGCUCCAUCUUCCUCGCAGCGCCGCGCUCGGUCCCUCAGCGACGGAGGGGCAGUCCCAGGCUCGGCGGCGGCGUCGGCGGCUCCCCCUCCCGCCUCUCGCCAGUCGCCUCGCGCCCUCGCCUCCGUCCUCCGCGCAGCGGCCGUCGACCCUGCUUGAGCGUGUGGUGCAUUGAGGGAAGCUACUGGUUGGUGCUCACAGGCUCUGCUAAUUUAUGCCAGUCCUGUUAGGACAACGUUGCACCUAAACUUGAAUUGGAUCCUUGGAGAUGAUGGAUGAGUCUUUUCUUGAUAGGAUGGUUUCUCAACUUCGGUCAACAUGCAAGUACUACACUGGAUAUCCCAAGGACCUAGGGCCAUCAAGAAUUAUACCAUUCACAUCUGAGCGUCAGUUUGUGCAGCUAUUACAUGAAGGCAGGCCUGUAGUUGUUGCCUUUACUAUUAAGUGCACAUAUACACAGCAUCUUGAUAAAGUACUGGAAGAGGCUGCGGCUAAGUUUUACCCACAUAUCAAGUUUGUCCGAGUUGAGUGCCCGAAGUACCCAGGGUUUUGCCUCACAAGGCAAAGAAAUGAAUAUCCAUUUGUUGAAGUAUUUUACAACCCAGAACAGGCUGCAAGCCAAGGAAAGAGCGUGGAUCCUAACAUCACUAAGUAUUCUGUAAAAGUGCUACCUUUCAACUAUGACCAGAGCGUGUAUGGAUUUCGAGAAUAUUUCAGGAAGCAUGGUUUCAAGUAUUCUGAAACAAACUAAUCUGCCUUAAGAGUAGUCCUAGGGAACUAUUGCAGUUGUUUGGAAUUGGAAUGUCGUGCCUUAACUCUUGUUCAUUCAAGAAGUGGCUGUCAUGUAUUCAUGUAUACGGGGUACUGUCCAUGCCUAUAGAUUAGCUUUGCCAUACCUAUGAACCAUUGGAUUUAGUUAAUUAUUUAUACCUCUCAAAGACAUGACAGAGGAUCUUGCAUCAUCUUUUCUCCAGCGCUAUUGAUUUGUGUUGUGACUGGGCUGUUGUAUGAUCAGAGUUUGCAGGUGUUACUUGUUAUUAGAGGGCAAAA